UAGUAGAAGUGCUUUGGAGAACGAAACACGAUUCUUUCUGUUAUCGUGGUCGCUGCACUCAGGACCUGUAACAUCUGCUCUUCUCAGACCAAAAACUGGAAUCUUUUAAUUCCCUGAAAAGCUUUAUUUAAACCUGAAAUACAACCAGCUUCAAACGUCCACUGUUCUGUCAUCAUGACUGCAUCAACUGCUGCUUAAAGAUGAAAGGACUCUAAAAGCUGAUCAGACAGCGCCCCCCACUGGAAAUAAAGUUAACUGCAGGUUUCCUCUGAGAGGAAAUGACACCUGAUGAAACUGAAAGAACACCGACGGAUGAACCGAACCCAGACGCCAUUAGAGGAGAUAAAACGUUUGCUGGAAUAAAACAGAUUUGUGGGAUUGUUUCUGCCUGAAUCUGGUGAGUCCUGAGACUGAAAGUUAGAAAUGGCUGAGAGAAACGCUUUUCUGGAAUCUUUCCUGAGCUGUCACAUUUGUUCAGAGACUUUCAAAGAUCCUGUGACUCUGAAGUGCAACCACAACUUCUGCUCCAGCUGCCUGCAGGAGCUCUGGAAACAAACGCAAAGCAAAAAGUGUCCCAUCUGUAGAAAGAAAUCCUCUAAAAAGAACACACGGCUGAACUUCAGCCUGAAGGAACUGGCCGACUCGUUUGCUGGAAGACCAAAAUCUGGACCAUCAGAGACAGAAGAACAGGUCAUGGAGGUCUGUGAGAAACAUCCAGGAGAAGUUAAGCUGUUCUGUAAAGACGAGCAGAGACCUGUGUGUCCCGUCUGCGAGUUCUCUCAGCACCAGAGUCACAAAGUGGUUUCUGUAGAAGAAGCCGUCAGAGACCUGAAGGAGGAGCUGAAAUCAGACAUCAAGUCUCUGACGGACAAGAAGAACGAAUGCAGACAAGUGGAGGAGAAGUUUGAACUUGUGAUUCAACACUUUGAGAGGCAGCAGCUGACUGCGGAGAGACAGAUCCGAGCAGAGUUCAACAAGCUUCACCAGUUCCUGAAGGAGGAGGAGGAGUCCA